AAAUAGUAAAUCUAGGGUUUUCUCCAUACAUAAAGGUCUUUUUGGUCGGCCGUUGUAUUUCUGCUUCUCCAGCGCUGGAACCCUAGGAGGUCGAUCCUAUACAAGAAGAUGACUACUCCGCAAGCUAAGAGCGGAUUGUUCGUCGGACUGAACAAGGGACACGUCGUCACCAGGCGCGAGUUGGCUCCUCGCCCCUCUUCUCGCAAAGGGAAAACGAGCAAGAGGACCCUUUUUAUCAGAUCUCUCAUCAGAGAAGUCGCUGGCUUUGCUCCGUACGAGAAGAGAAUUACCGAGCUCUUGAAAGUUGGUAAAGACAAGCGUGCUCUUAAGGUUGCCAAGAGAAAGUUGGGUACUCACAAGAGAGCCAAGAGGAAGAGAGAGGAGAUGUCCAACGUUCUCCGCAAGAUGAGGGCUGGUGGUGUUUCCGACAAGAAGAAGUAAACAUCUAAGUUACUGUUUUAUGUAGAAUUCCGUUUUCUUGUUUUACAAAUCAACGGCGAGUGUUUUUCUAUGUAUGGAUUUUUACUUUGUUCUGUUUUGUCCGAGACACGGAUCUUCAUUGACAUCGUUUUCCAUCUCAAAGUUAAAAGUGCUCGUAUUGGAGUGGUCUUAGGAUUCUUGGGAAGUACUUCUCAUGGGUCGUGCAAGUGAAAACAAUGUAUGGUGAAAGAUGUCGGGUUUUAACAUUUUGUAACGUUUGUGGAUA